AUGACUCGUACUGGUCACCGCCAGACCCAGGACUGGUCACCGCCAGACCCAAGGAAAUACACUAAGAAAGAAUUGCGUGAAGAUUUAACUGGCAGUUCUAAAACUGUAGAUAAACCCUACCCAAACAAUCCUUACAUUGCGUUCGAGGCUCAAGAAGAACGUGACAAUACUAUGGCGGCUGACGGAAAUAGCAGUGAAUUAGAUAAUACCAGUUCGGAGAGUGCAAAUAACUCUCCAGUAAUUGCCAAGAAAAGCCACGUGGAGCGGUGCGACGAGGGCGGUUGUUGUGGGGGAGUGCCGGAGUAUGUGUUGGUGGACCACAGGGGCAAGAAGACACUCAAGCUGGCGGGCGAGAGUGGCAUGUGUUGCGCUGACUUCGGAUACACGUUCGAUUUGACGACAAUGGACGGACAAAAAAUCGGCCAGAUAUACAAAGAGUUCUCCAAUUGGGCUCAGGAACAUUACACUAAUGCCGACAAUUAUGUGCUCAAGUUCCCCAAAGAUCUCACAGUUCAGAUGAAAGCACUAGUACUAGGAGCUGCCAUACAGAUAGAUUACAAUCACUUCGAAGACGCAGCCCCCCAUCAUCAAGAGCAUUAUGCAUACGGGUGGGGCCACUACGGUCAUCAUGGCCAUUGGUGACCAACUUGUUGCAG